AUGGUAAACAUACCUACACACCAGCAAUUUGACAUUCUUGGAGUGCAAGCAGGAGGAUUUCAGUACAUUGGUUGUACACAACAAGAUUUGUACAAUCUUGAAAGGGAUAAGCGUAAAGAGACAAGAGGGCAUGAUGGAGAAAUGCUGCAUGACUAUUUUCUACUAGAGCAAGAAAAAGAUUCCGGCUUUUAUUUUACAAUAAAGGCAGAUAUUGAAAAUAAGAUUACUCACUGUUUUUGGGCCGAUACAAGUUCGAGACAAUUGUAUAAGUGUUAUGUUGAUGUGAUUAUCUUUGACACUACAUACCAAACCAAUCGGUAUAGUUUAAUUUUUGCACCAUUGAUGGGGAUAAAUAACCAUGGUCAGACAAUUGUGUUUGGAGCUGCAUUCUUAAGUGACGAAACUGCAGAUUCAUUUAUGUGGUUGUUGAAAGAAUUUUUGAAUGCCAUGCCAGGUGGUGCUCCUAAAAUGAUUAUUACUGAUCAAGAUCCAGCCAUGGAAAAAGCUAUUUUUGAAGUCCUCCCAGACACAUUUCAUAGAUAUUGUAGCUGGCAUAUCUUGAGAAAGUUUUCUGAGAAGCUUGAUGCCAUCAAAUACAGAGAUCACUAUGAUGACUUUAAAAAUUGCAUUUACUCAUAUGAAAAUGGAGAGGAGUUUGACUUCAAAUGGAGAUCAGUUCUUGCAAAAAGUGGAUUAAGCGGACAUAAUUGGCUGCAAUCAAUUUAUGAAUUUCGAUUUAGAUGGGUGCCGCCCUAUAUGAACCAUGUUUUCUCAUCUGGCAUGUCAAGUAGUCAACGAGCUGAAAGUGGGCAUUCCUUUUUUAAGGAAUAUGUUUCUGAUCAAAAUUCUCUAGUGGACUUCAUGGUUCAGUUUAAUUGGGGUCUUUUACACAAACGGCAUGAGGAGUUGAUUUCAGAUCACAUUGACAUCAAUGAGAAGCCUAGAUUUAAGUGCCCCAUUAAGAUGGAAAAGCAAAUGGCUGAUAUUUAUACACGGAAGUACUAUUACAUGUUUCAAGAUCAGUUGUGGGAGAGCUAUAAUUACAAUUUGGAGGUUACAACAGAGGGUGAAACUAAUUGCAUACUUAAGGUCAUGCGUGAGGAUCAUGAGGAUGGAAGAGCUCGGGUUAUUAUGUAUGACAAAUCAAAAGAUUUUGCCUCAUGUAGCUGCAAAUUAUUUGAGAGUGCAGGAGUCCCAUGUAGACAUGUUUUGGCAUUCUUGCACAAAGUACGUCAACUUCAUAAAUUGCCAGAUCAAUACAUUUUGAAGAGAUGGACAAAAUCUGCAAGAUCUGAGGUUGUGAUGGACAAGAGUGACAUGGAGCAAUAUUCACAUGUAAUUGAUAGUGUUGUCUUAAGUGAAGAAGCAAGUCAAUUGUUUAGUGAAACAAUGGAUUCUUUGAUUGAGAAGAUUAGGCCACUACUUGCCAAUUGUAGCAGUGAAGGUGUGGAGCCUUGUGUAAAAAGAAGUUCAACUCAUCAAACUACUUUUCGUGAACCAGAUGAAGUUAAGACAAAAGGAAGGGCAAAAAGAAUUAAGAGAGGAAAAGAGAAGGCAAAUGGAAAGCGCAAUAGUACCGGUAGACAUUGUCAUGGAUGUGGCAAAGAUGGGCAGACCCAUGACAAAUGCAAUUGUCCAGUGCUGCUCAAUCAAUUUGCUGAAAAUUUUGGUGGAGAUGACAUAGAUGAUGAUAGUUAUUCAUCACAGUUAGUUCUUCUAGAUAUUGGACUGCUUGCAGCUAUUAGAGGUUUAUUCCCAGCAGCACUAUUGUUAUGUUGUUUCAUGUUUCAAUUAGUUCUUCUAGAUAUUGGACUGCUUGCAGCUAUUAGAGGUUUAUUCCCAGCAGCAUGUGCUAAUUAG